AUGAGCUGGUUCGAUACAACGGGCAUUGCUAUCCUGGCGAAGAAUGCUCUGAAGGAGGCGCAAAAGCAGAUCGACAAGGCACUCGAUAUCAAAGAUGACGAGGAAUCCUCUUCGGCGGCGCCUGCUUGCGAUGGUACCAUAGAACCGAAGCGCUCCACUUCACCGAAGGUGAGCAGUAAGGCGGCCCCGGACGCACCGAUGGCCGGUGUCGGCGAGAUGGAGAAAGCGACAGGCCUAUCGGCGGUCCCGACGCAGUUUUCGUCUCCACCCGGGGAUGCAAACAGCAUGUGGGGCUCAUUUACCGGUUCGUUUUUUGAGCCGAUGCUGAGUAUAGGCGGCGCGAGUGGGGGCUGCAACAAUACCGCUACCGUCACGAAACCACCGGCCAGCUUGAAGCGCAAAAGUUUCGAAGACUCGGGGAGCAGCGAACUUCCGAAAAUGAGUUUUAAGGAGGAUGCGGACCGACUCCAGCCACAGUUCAUGAGCACUAUUCUCUCGCCAGUAGACAGUUCAGAGUCGAUCGAAGUCCUCAGCUCUGCGACGACACCGGGUUCGGUGUUAACUUCACCUAGUCAGCUGAGUGUGAACGCCAUGCAGGAGGUGUCCGAGUCGGUGGAGGUGUUGGCAACGCUGGGAAGCAUGUCAACCGUUUCCACACCGGAUUCGAACCACGCCAACGAUCGAAGCGACUCGUUUGAACCAGACGCACUCGAGAGUCGACGUUACACCGUGUCAACGGGAAAGGAUAUUUGGCACGAUGGCAACGACAACAGUGACCCAAAGGACGGAGUAAAGGAAGAUGACGAAGUUAGUGUGGAAGAUGAUUCACUUUCGUACACGCUUUCGGAGCAGCCGGUCACGGUAAUGGAAGCAAGUGGUUCGACACCACCGAUCACGGUCGCGCCCAGCCGCAAUAGUCUACACCUACCAGUGCCACUGUCUACUGCCACGGUUGGCGCCAUCGUUAAAGACGCAAAGGAUGUGCGGGCGUUUACGCAUCCGUUCUCCACCCAAAAGCUCACCAUUUCCGAGGUCAGCACCGUAGAAUCGGAGGAAACGAACGACUCCAAAACAGCAUUGGAACCCGCAGUACACGAACGAUCGCAGCAGCAACAGUCGCAACUAGACGAGCCUGAUCAGCUAGAACUUAGCUACGAAAACGUCGAAAUACAGACGGAAAUAUCUGACUCGACGCAAAGCUUUGAAGAAAUCACAACCGGUGCAGGUGGUUCAUCCGGUGAUGGUGAGCUGCUGUCGGCCGUGGCUAUCGCUGCCGGUGUUAAAGCGGACCCGAAGAUAAGUAAUGCCAGCGGCAAGGAUACAACGGUAGUUUUGCACGGUUCGAGUCCAAAUUCGGGUGACGAUGAAAUAGAGACCGCCACGUCGUCGGACAUUGAAAUCAUCUCCAGCCCGAACGGGGGUGAUUCGAGCAGUACCAACAGUGGUGUGUACCGAACGAGCCCACUCAAAAUUAGUGACGGCAAGACGGAUAUCGACAUACUGUUGAUUAAAAAGCAGCGCGGACACACCCGCGAACCGUCGGAAGUUUCCGUGCACAGCGGUAACAGUGACGAGAGUCACCUACCAGAGGUAGAACGCUUGUUGCGGCGCAUCGUAGACCUGUCAGAGCUGCUGGAACAGCGCGAGUACCGGCUGGUGGAACUUGGGCGCCAGCACGCUGAACUGCACGAACAGAACGCGCAACUACUGGCGCAGCAGGAGAGUCGAGCGAAGCGGACCGCGGACGGUGGUUCCGAGACAGAUGGCUACACGCAGCGCUUGUUUGCACUCGAGCGCAAGUUUCAGCAGUCGAUCCGCGAAAAGGAAACGUUGAAGCGACAGUACGAAUCACUCCGGGCCGAAUCGCAGGGUCGGGUGUUGCGAUGCGAGAUGGAAAAGGCGCUCGCUGAUCGCGACUUCAUGAUCAGCGAGCUGCAGAAGGAGGGCGAGAGUCUCUCGAAACAGGUGCUGCAGCACUCGAAUAUUAUCAAGCGAUUGCGGAUAAAGGAGCGCGAAAAUGAUGUGCAAAUGCGCAAGCAGCGUGAAGAAAUCGCAGAACUUACUGAGGAGGCCGAAAGACUCAAACGGUCACUGUCAGCGAAGGAAGAAGUGGAGCGUUCGCAGAUCGACGCUGUGCACAAGCUAUCUUCAGAGAAGCGCAAACUAGAGCGCGAUUGUGUCACCCUUAAGAGCCAGUUGGACGACCACGUGCAAAAGCUGGAAACACUACGCAAAUCUUUCGAUUUCGCUCGCAAAGAGCUCAGUGAGCAGUCAGAGUCGUACCAAGGGUUGCUUCGUCAAUCAACCAAACUACAGAGCGUAGAGAAUGAAUACGGGGCGGUGCAGCGACUGAAUGAACAAUUGACGGGCCAGUUGGAAGAGUUACGUGAACAACUCCGCCGCUCCGAACACGAUUACGGUCAACGAUUGAUGCGCGCGAAGAAUGAAUAUACCGCUUUAUUGCAGCGUCUGGAAGCGGCUGAAAUGCGCGCGGAAGAGGAGAAGAACGCGUCCGCCUUGGUGACAGUGCCACUAAUGCGGCAGCUUGAGUCGCUACAGCACACAAUGCGUCAAAAGGAGCGCCUGUCGGAGCAACGAGACACAGAGAUCGCCCAGCAACUGGCUGAAGCCACCGAUCGGGUCAAAGGCCAUGCGGACCAGGCGUGUAAGUUGCGAGACCAGGUCGCGUCACUACAGAGCCGCAUCGUAAACCUAGAAGAGCGCCUCAAGGAAGCCCUCUCUCACGCUGAAGAAAUGACGAAUGGAUUGCAACAGAAACAACUAGACGCUGGACUACUCGAGCGCAAUUUCCGGCAACGCCUUGCGGCAAUUGAAGAAGAGCGACGGGUGCUCGUCGAACGGCUCGCAGCACAGGAACGUUGUCACGCUGUCAAGCUGGAGAGUCUGCUGAACAAUCAAAUGCAAUCACAUGGCCCACUUCCAGACGCCAGUCUGGUCUUGCAAGCCGCUCACCAGGAGCAAAUACAACAACAGCAACCGCAGCCGCAGCAGCAGCAGCAGCAACAUGGUCAGCCUAGGCUCACCUCCGUAGUGACGCGGGCAAAACCGAUAAAAACGGUCGAACCGCUAAUUGACAGUUCCUCGAUGAUCAAUGAUUCACGACACUCCGACUCCUCGCCGACGCCCAGCAUGGGCAACCUGUCCCUUCCUGAAUCGCUGGCGAGCAUUCCGUGGAUCGUGCCAGACGACGAAGCUGGUCGGGCAGUGGGUGGUUCGGCCGUGCUGCUGAGUAACACAUCGCUAUUGGAAACACUACAAGCUUCACUGAAGCAGCGGGACGGCGAGGUAUACCAGCUGCAAUGGGAACUGUCCCGCUUCCAGCAGGAACGGAACGUACUGAACACGGAAAUAUCCAAUCUUACGAUGGAGAUAGAAAGUAUUCGCGAGAGCUUUGAGCGGAGCUUACAGCUACAGGAGGAGCACGGCGAGCUGAAAAAGCGUUAUGAUGCGCUGCUGCAGAUGUACGGCGAGUCCGUGGAGAAGACGGAGGAGCUGCGGUUGGACUUGGUAGAUGUGAAGGACAUGUAUAAGCUGCAGAUCGAUGAUCUGCUGCGUCAACAGCGGGAACUAAUGGCAUCCAUUAACCGUGCCACCAAUAUUGUGCGUGAAACCAUUCCCGACAGUCGCGCCGAUCCAGCCUCCUAGGCCAACAUCUAAUGUAGGCAUGUUGCAGUUGCGUUGCGAUGCGUUUGUAUAUAAUUUGGUAAAUGGCGAAUGUUGAAUGCUUGCAGCUCCCGGCAAAAUCCUAAUGCACUGUUUUUUCCCCGAAACGGAGAACUUUACAUCGAAAUAAAAGAUAGAAAACUUCGU